AUGAGCAAACUUCUGGUGUGCUGCCCGCGUUCACCACCGCGCUAUGAAUCCCAGUCUGCUGCUGCCUGCGACGCUAUUGCCAAGCUGAAUUCACGAAAACCAUUUUGUUCUCGAUUCACUUUCAUCCGCCACAUGUGGCAGGCCUUGGAGGAACCGCCCAAGUCGCAUGAGAAACGGAAGACUUCUGUCGUUGUCUAUUUGCACCUGCUGCAGCAGAAAGUCAUGAAAACAAAGGCAAUCGAAGAUGCUGACUGCUACGUUUCAGGUCUUUGCCACGGCAUAUCGGUCCUUGAGGAAUGCAACCUCAGGGAAGAGAAGCUACGCGAACUGGCCUGCGCGUAUUCAUCCAAUCAUUCCCGGACCGAAAAUAUCGAAAACCUCAAGCUUGCAAUUGAAACACUGGAACGAUGCGUCGAAACCACGGGGAAAAAGACAUAUCCACAGGCAACUAUUUCCAUUCGAGCGGCCCUUGUCCAUCGUUACCAGCACUAUGAACGGUCGAACGACGUUGUCCACUCCGUAAACUUGCUUCGAAAGGGGCUCGAGGCCACACCAAGAGACGAUCCGAACUAUGCUCCGUUGCGAAACACUGGGCUGGAUAGCUUCGUUUCCGCAUUCGGCCAUCUGCGGCUCUGCGCCGUUUGGUGCCAAAAUGCGUAG